AUGGGAAAGAUCAAUGGUGUCUCAAACAAGAGUGCAAGCACCAACACAAGUGCCAAUACAAGUACAAGCUCCAGUCGGUUACGUAAAUUCGACAAACUAAUAAUUGAUCAAUCAUCUUCAACACUACUAGACGAAGACGACCAGAUUGAAUACAUCAAUGAACUCAACAAGUACAAUUAUGCCCAAUAUGAAAAGUCUAGGAAAUCACUAAUAUACUUGUACAUUAUACAAAUCAUAGCCAUUAUUGCCCUACACAUAUUUAAACUCCACCCAAAAGAAGUACAAUCCAACACACUGCUUCUAUUGCCCCAACUACUACUACUACUCCUCCUAUCUAUAUCCAUUAAUCUUAUUGGCACUUUUAAAAUCCUGGAGUUGCGCAAAUGGAAGAAAUGGCUCAUGAUUGUUAAUAUAUUGCUAAUGCUACAAGUCACAUGGAUAGAUUUAACAAAUAUAAAAGUUUACUAUUAUGCCAUAUUGACCUGGUUUGAUUUUGCAAUGCCCUACUUGUUUCGAUAUUGGUAUGAACUGAUGGACUCAGCAGUAGAAGAGUUGGGCAAACUAAAGUACAAGUAUAAGAAUGUGUAA